AUGUCGACGGUUAGCAAAAGUUAUGCAGAACAUUCAGAUCCUGUCAUUGAUUAUUGCACUAAGCUAACAGUCAAACUCGAUCCCCUUCAACAAAAGCUUCAAGAUGCCACAAUUGCUAAUCACAAAAUGUUCGUAAUGCUUGGAGCGCCUGAGAUUUUAACCAUUGGCCAACAUUUUUUAAAAUUGAUUCACGGAAAGAACUGCUUGGAUGUUGGAACAUUCACGGGCGCUUCGGCUCUCGCCUGGGCUCUUGCCGUUCCAAAUGAUGGAAAGGUGAUAUCAAUGGAUGUCGAUCAUUCAGCUCUUGAUCAGAUUGGUCGAUCGAUUAUCAAUGAAUGCCCGAAAAGCGCACAGAAAAUUGAUUUUCGAUUAGGAUCGGCUAUGGAUACUUUAAAUUCGCUGAUUGAUGAGGGAAAGUGCGGCGAAUUCGAUUUUGCUUUCAUUGAUGCUGAUAGAGCGAACAAAACACUGUACUAUGAGAAAUGUAUGCAAUUGCUUCGACCAGGCGGAGUAAUCCUUGUAGAUAAUGCUCUUGCUGGCGGUGACGCCGUUCACGCGAUCGGUGAUGCUGUCAUCACUGAUGCCUGCAAUAGACACAUCAGUGCUGAUGAACGUUCUCACUCUUUCCUCAUCAAUACCGGUGAUGGACUGCAUGUGGCAUUCAAGGCU